AAAGGACACCGUUCAGUGUAAAGCUUUAUUAGCGCUUUAACUCAAAUACAAUUGUCAUAGACAUGCAUGCGGUUAUUAAUUGUUACAAGUUUACAAAAGAACAUUGUUUGACUGAUUUUUUUCAAGAACUUUCAUUUUAACGUUUCUUUCGGACUACAAUGUCAUGGUUGGAAUAUCAGAGGUGAUGGUAUCAAUCAAAUUAAGACAUUUAGAAACAAUAUUGUAACAAAAAAAAACAAAACAACCGAAAGAUACAAAACUUUUUGUGUUGUUUUCAAAAUGCCGAGAUUUAAUUCAAGCGAUUGUGAGUCUCUGUUUGCACAAGGAAAUUACAGUGCUGUGCAAGGUCUUGUUCCUUCAAUUGAAAUGCACGAGACGUUGUUACUAGUUGUCGGAUUUGGAUGUUUUGCGACACUUGUGGCCGUACUGUUCAAAUUCAUCAGAAAGCAUGUUUACAAAGAUAAGAAUACCUUAGACACAGCGUUUGAUGCUGGAGGAAAAGUGAGCGUUGGCCUGACAGCGACAACUAUUGUAUCACAGUGGACCUGGGCUGCAACACUUCUGUAUUCCUGUGUGGUAGCAAGCAAGUAUGGAAUAAGUGGACCAUUCUGGUAUGCCGCAGGAGCAACAAUACAGAUUCUUCUGUUUGCAAUGGUAUCUGUUCAGUUGAAGAUUCGAGCCCCGGGAGCAAAAACGUUUUUACAAGUCAUUAAGGCUCGAUAUGGUGCCAAUACACAUAAAGUUUUCGUGGUUUAUGCACUGCUUACAAACAUCAUUGUAACAGCUAACUCAAUGACAGGUGGUUCUGCAGUCCUAUCAGGGUUGACGAAAGACAUGGGUACAGAGUACGCCGCUAUGCUGAUGACAGCUGUAAUAGGGACGUACACGUGUAUUGGUGGACUUGGAGCAACUUUUUAUGUUUCAUUUUUUAACACGGCAAUGAUCAUGGUGAUGAUGCUUAUGUUUGUUAUACGUGUAUAUGAUGAUACUGGUCAUGAUGGUAGUAAUACCCUGGGGUCUGAGAAGAAAGUGUAUGAAUACAUAGCAUGUAGUGAAGGACCUGAGGGGAAUGAAGAACGCAGUUAUCUUACGCUUCUUUCGAACUCGGGACUCAUGUUUGGAUUAAUUAAUGUGGCAGGGUGCUUCGGAACAACAUACGUUGACCAGUCAUACUGGCAAAGUAGCGUGGCCGCCAAACCCAGACAGGGAGUGUUAGGUUUCUUGGCAGGGGGACUUGUGUGGUUCUCUAUACCCUUUGCAUUAGCGACCACGAUGGGUUUGGCAUAUAUUGCAUUGAGUGCACAACAGGGCCAACCACUGCUUGCAGAAAAUGAUGUCAAUUCAGGUUUGGUACUACCAGUUGUAGCACAAAGAGUGUUUGGUAAAGCUGGUGAGAUGAUGGUAAUUGUUAUGGUAAUGAUGGCUGUUGUGUCAACAGGUUCAGCUGAAGUUUUGGCAGCUACAUCAAUACUUGUCUACGAUAUAUAUCAACUGUAUCUAAAGCCCUACAGAAAGGUUCUUGAUGCGAACUGCUGUAUAUUAUGUGGAAGAGGCCGUGGUCGCAAAGCAUGUCCACGUGACAAAUGUACAUGUGAAAGUAUGACUGUAUGCUCUGAUUGCGAUAAGGACAACAAAAAACGUAGCGAAUCCCAGAGGGUUCCUUUGCCAACUUAUACAUGCCGAAAACAUGGGGCAUACCGAGAAUACACGGACUAUCUCUCACAUAUGAAAAACUGGGGUUUAUUCUGGACAACACUCGGCAUUUUACCUCUCACUAUAAUACUUCAUACCUUGCAAAUAAACUUAUCAGCUGUAUACUUGUUCAUGGGCGUCACAAUUAACUCAGCAGUGAUCCCCAUAGUGUUGGCUAUGUUCUGGGAACGUCUCACGGGGCUUGCAAUGAUUGCCGGAAGUAUAGGCGGAACAGUGUUAGCUCUCAUCUCGUGGAUCAGUGUGGCUGCUUCGUAUCCUGGAGGACUGCAAGACUUCAAAUAUAAUGCUACAAAGGAAUCACCAAUGUUAACUGGAAACCUAGUGUCACUGAUUUCGGGUGCUGUCAUAUCUGUUUCUGUCAGUAUGUUGUCAGGUAACAACAAGGAAGGAUCUGAGGUAUGGGAGAAAACGAGAGAUAUAGACAACCCGCUCAGUCCAUGGACUGAACUUUACGAAAAAGACUUGAAUCUGACGGGUGCCUAUCGUUUAGACAGUCGACCAUCCCUGGAAGAAGUACAAGUGGCCUUCAAGUUUGCAAAGAUUGCUGGCUUUAUAGGAGCAAUUACCCUUACAGUUAUAAUGAUAGUAAUUUGGCCGUUAAUAAUGAUGUUUGGUGUAUCCGUGAUGAGUUUAAAUUCGUUUUACCAAUGGGUAGCUGUUUCUAAAGUGUGGGCCUUUCUUGCAGCAAUAUUCAUCAUUAUUGCUCCAUUUGUGAACGAAAUUUGGGACAUAUACAAUGCAUUUUUGUCAAAUAGGCGGGUACAUCCAAGUCCACAUACGAACGAUAAAAUGAAUGCUCAUUCAUCAUCACACAACGACGGAAAUAUCGUUAGUAACAGUAAUGUUGACAAUGUCGAAGAGGGCAAUGAAAAAGUAAAGACAGAUGAUAAUAUAACAAUGGAAAACGUUCGCUUAUCUGAAAUUGAAAAAUAAGUACUUAUCGCCAAUUUUGUACAAAUUGUGAUCUAAAUACUUAAUAAUUGUAUAUUAUGUGCAGAAAUUACCAGAAACUGUUCAGAGAACAUUCAGUCUCAGUACAAAAACUUACAAGUAUUCUAUGACAGGAUCUUUGGAAUCACACAACGCAACCAAGUUAAUAGUAGACUCCAUUUUAUAGACGUUACGGCUUGUCCAACACCCUUCAUACCGCCAAGCACUGCUUUAAGGGGAAUGCUGUUAUACAGGGAUAUUGAUUGGACUCGAGUUAUCUCAAAUCCAGAAUUAAUAGCAGUACGGAGUGACUUAAGUCUUGAAAAUAUAUCACCAUGGUUUCAGUCAUGCAUUGUAUUUAAUUAUAUGACAUAGCUUUUUUGUAAAUAUGCCAUAAUUUUACACAACAAUAAAUUUACAGAUGGCGUAUAUGUCUUAAAGUGACAUGACAAAGCAUAUAAUUAAAGGAAAGAAAAAGAAAGCUUCACAUUAGCUUAGUGUUGGAAUUUCAAAAGAGUUAUCCAGAGGACAGUUAUGCUUAUACUAAUGAAUCUGACCAAGAAUUGUAAGAAUUUAAUAAAAAUCACUACCAUCCUUAUAUAUUGCAUUUCCAAAUACAUUUACUCGAAAGUCAGUUUUCCAUUUACUGGUUGGGAACUAUUUUCCGGACAGGACCAUUUUCCGGACACAUGUAAUAUCUGCUUUAUUUCGUUGUUAUUCAUGUAAUUGUUUCAUCUAGAUCAUUUAGAUGUUUGUUCUUCAUGUCUACAACAAACCACUAUUUUAUAAGGCUGUAUAAUGUUUGGGUUUUUGAUGAUAACUCACCUGCGUUUACAAAACAACUUUCUGUCUUAACGGGGCAGGAAGAGAGCAUUGCGCAUGCGCAGUAGUUCACACAUGCCGAGGUAUCAAGUGGGGAAGAAAUAAUCAAACUACAUAAUGAUUGUCUGCUUAUAACAUGUUCUACUUUUAAUUUCACGCUAAAAGUUAAGUAAGAUGCAGUGCUUUCGAUUUUUGCACAAAUUUUAUUCUGUAUCUAUUGGAAUUAUCAGGAAUUCGUAUAAGAUGAAAUUCGAGUUUUUUAUAGUCAACCUCGGUUUGCUUUCUUAGCUGCUAUUGAACGUCGGUUUAUGUUUCAUGUGCAAUUCUGAAGAGAUGAAUGAUAAAGAACUGUGUAGAAAUAGUUUAAUUACUUAUUUUGAUAUCAAAUUAACAACAAAACACUGUCAAAUAUUUGUCCGGAUACUGGUUUACCUGACGGGUAAAAUAACUUAUUUUAGUGAUCCAAUUUGAGGCCCCAUGGAACACACAUUUUACGUCAAAAUGCGAUGUUGAUUACAACAUCGGAUGUGGAAGGAGCUGAAGUUUGUGCAGUGUGGGCUUCAUUUAUGUAAAAUAUUUUUUUAGGGAAUAAUGGAGCCGAAAUAUGAAAAUGUGUCCAGAAAACCAGUACAUCAAACUUUAUUCAAAUCGGACCUGAUACUUCUGAAACGUAUUUAUUCUGUCAUGAAGAAAAAUUCUUCUGGUUGUGAACACUAUAGCUAUACAUUUACAUGCGUUUAACAUAAUGAUAAAUAUUUCACAGUUGUAAUACGCAAUAAAAAAGAAAGUAAAUUGAGCUACUGUAAGUUGGGCUAUAUUCACGUCACUUUUAUUUCGUGAUAUGAUAGAACACAUACUGAUUCGUGCUGUUAAGAAUUCGUCCUUUGUAGUUAUUAUUGUUACAAUUGAUAAUAAUCUUCUAUUUAUCAUUUGUGAUAUUUUUAAAUUCGCGCGUCAUUCAGAUUGCAAAAUUUAGCGAAAAUAAAAUCCUCGCGAAUAUAACAAAAUUUACAUUAUACAUUUGAAUACAGUGUACGUUUAUUCAAACAUUUUGUCUUAUAUUUUUAUAUGAACGAUAUCCCUAAAUUUUUGUUAUUACCAGUUAGACAAAUACUGUGUACAUGUAUUUUUCAUUAAUGUAUAAUUUAUUUCCAAUCUUUGAAAUGAAUAAAAA